GACGUCUGGCUGGCACACAAAGAAUCACAGUGCCACUAUGACAGACUCCUGCUGAAGAGCUGUGAUUACUUUGGCUGUGUUUGUGAGCCUGCUUUUGGCUUCUCAGUGUACACUACGAGGAUUACGACUAGUUUACUGUGACUUUUUACAGUAUAAACACAGUGAAGAAGAUCUACAGGAUUCUCAAUGGAGUGUCUUCAGCUCUGUGUCCUCUGCUGAGCAACUCUUGAGGCUCUUUUAAGAUUUUCAUUACAGAGUUGUCUGUAAAUACGUUUCUGCUGUCAGGAAUAAAUGAUCACCUCAACUAGACGAGUCUCUGCAGAUAAACCUGAAGUACAAAUCGCUUUCAGCCUCGACAAAACCUCAGAGUUGAAAGAUGCAGAGGAUCCCCUUCCAUCAUUCCCUGACCUUGAACAACGCCUGCAGCCGGUGCUGCCGUGUCGGUCUCUAAAGGAGUCCAUUGAAGUGUACAAAAACCACUGCAAGAUGGCCAAGGAGUUCAACCAGGUCAAACAUGAAAUCGCCAGGCUGGAUGACAGAAAGAGAGAGCUCAUGUCAGAGCUGCUAGAGGAUGAAAAGGUGUCGAUGGAGUUUGCACGACUUGAGGAGGAAUACAGGAUACUUACGGAAGAGAACCAAAAUCUGAUAACAGUCCAUAGCCAAUGCACACAGCAGCUAGAGACGCUCCGAGUGAUCAGUCAGAAGAGGCAGGGCUCCUCGUGACCUUUGACACCAGUGCAAAAGAGCUUUCACCUCUGGGUCUUCACUACUGCUUAUAAACAUCUCAAAACAUCUCAUCUCAAAACUGAUCAACUGAGCAACUUAAUCAGUGUAUAUUUAAUACAUUUGAAGCUAAUAUGGAUGGUCUUGUGGCCCAAACUUGAGCUGAGAGGUCAUAUAUUUCUGAUAUCGCAUUCUGAAUAUAUACUAUUUUUCUUCUUUGUGUGUUUUAAGGGCGUGUUUGUUGACAAAUGUGCUUCACUCACCUAAACUGUACAGAUGAAAUGCUCUGCUGUGAAAGUUGCUCUCAGUAAAAGUUUUUACUGUUUACUGUCUGCCAAUUGCAUAAAAAAGGGAAUUAAGGAAUUACAUUUCAGUUCAAGCUAGGUGACCGGUGACGAUAAAUGUAUGACUACACACCAUUGUUUAGUCACCCAGCAAUAGGGAACUUAGAUUUCGAAAUGUGAUCUGCUCAUUUUAGGAUUUUGAAACCCUUCAAAAAUAUCAGCGGCUGACACCCCAUCCAGCACAGCUGAAAUACCAGAGGUGCAUGUCCACAAACCAGUUUAGCAGCAUGAAAGGUUGGCCUCCUCCAGAUUUAGGGUUUAUUUAGUCUAGAGCUUUGUUUAGUUAGUGAAGGUUUCCUUUUCUUUAUCAGAAUUAUGAUUGUGAAUUUAAAAAAAUGUAAUGGCAUAUGCUUAUUUUGACAUUUAGACUCUAUUUCUAUUAGUAUUAUACAUAGACUGUAUAAAAACAGGGUAUUAUGCAUAGGUAUUAUAUAACUCACAACUUAUGUAAAGACUCUAAAUAAAAAAGACUAUUAUGGUAUUACA